CAACUGCGUCAUUUUUUAAGCGUAACAAUUAUCGGAGCAAUUGACAAUAUAAAAAACAAGAACAAACCCGAGAAAAACAAAAAGGUUAAUUAGUAUUAUUAAAUAUUUUCUUUCAAUACUGUUAUUGUAGCGACAAUUAGACAAAAGAAACAUUUUCGCAAGAAAUAACUUGAAAAAUUUACUAUUAAAUAUUUACAUUUUUAUCAAAAGAGCAAAACAGUGAAGGAAAAAAACCCGUUUAUUAUAAGUGAACUACAUAUAAAUAACUGCUUUUUCACGAAAUACUUGCCUAAUAAUUAUGUACUAAUUUAGAAAAAAAAAAUAAUGACAAUUUGAAAAUAAAACAAUAAAAUUACGUAUAACGUAUAUUAUAGUACCAAAAGUCGAAAGCAAAACGAAUACUCAAAAAAAAAUAAAAUGAACAUUUUAUCAAAAUUUUCAAUACUUUUGUUGUUGUAUUCAACAAUAGGAAGCGGUGUAAGUGGAUAUAAAAUUUUAGGCGUAUUUCCAGUACCCGUAAAGAGUCAUGGUAUUUUUUGUCAAUCGGUAAUGAAAGCAUUGGCAAAACAUGGACAUCAAGUGGACGUUAUUGUUGUCAAUGAACUGGAAAAUCCACCGCAAAAUUAUACGGUUAUUUAUAGUAUGUUAGAAAUUGUACCAUUUAUUGUAACUGACGUGACAUUUGAAUUCUUAGCAACUAAUUACACUAAGGGUCCAGUUGAAUUUAUAUCUCACGAGCUAGGAAAUUCCGUUUGUGAGUUACUUGCCAAUGAAAAAGUGCAAGAUAUCAUCAAAAAAUUGAAAAUGAAAGCCGAUUACGAUCUUUUAAUUACUGAGGCCUUUGGAAUGAAUUGCUUUAUGGGUUUAGCGCAAUUUUUAAAUAUUCCAUUAGUAACUCUGUCGGCUCAAAGUUUGUAUCCAUGGGUGGAAGAUGCAAUAGGAUAUCCAUCAUCAUCUGCAACUCAUCCACAUGCACUAUCUUCUUUAUUAGAAAUUAAUUCUUUCUGGGAUCGUUUGCGAAAUACCAUAGAAAAGUUCACGGGGCAAUAUGAAUUUUAUUACAACACGGAGAAAAUACAAACGGAACUUAUAAGGAAACAUAUAAGUCGAGAUUUACCGACUGUUAGCGAAUUGUUAGAAAAUUCGGUUUUGACACUUAGUAACACUCACUUCAGUUUUAAUGGAAUUAAAAGCACAAUUCCAGCUUUAGUGGAAGUCGGAGGAUUACACAUUUUACAAGACGAAACCAAGCUGACGGCUGAAAUGCAAAAAUGGAUGGACGAGAGUAAUCACGGAGUCAUCUACUUUUCACUUGGAACAAUAUUCCGCAUCGACUCGUUGCCAAAUGAAACAAUUCAUGCUUUUUAUUCAGUCAUGAGAAAACUGCAACCUAUUAGAUUUUUAGUUCGAGUCAAAUAUGAAGAUAAUCUUCCCCCUGGAAUUCCAGAAAAUGCUAAAACUCUUCCCUGGAUACCACAAAUUCCAGUUUUAAGACACGAAAAUACCAAGACUUUUAUAACACACUGCGGUCUUUUGAGUUCACUAGAGGCUUUAUACUUUGGUGUUCCUGUUAUCGGAAUUCCAAUAGCUAUCGAUCAGUUUAUAAAUUUGGAUACACUGGUGAAAAAAAAUAUGGGAAUUAAAUUAGAUCUGAAUAACAUUAAGGAGACAAUUCUCUUUAAUGUAUUGACAGAAAUUUUAAAUAAUUCAUCAUACAGAAAAGCUGCAAAAAUUGCUUUUAAAAUUUUCAAAGAUCGUCCUACGGACCCUGAGGAGACGACAAUUUACUGGAUCGAAUAUGUCCUGAGAAAUGGAGGAAUUUUGAGAUCUCCAGCAAUAAAUUUGCACUGGAUACAAAAAGAACUUUUAGAUGUUUAUGGAUUUUUGAUAUUUUUACUUAUUUCUUUUCUUUAUAUUGUGAUGAAAAUUAUUCAAAUAGUUGUUAAAUGUAAACUUAAAAACAAAUCUAAAAUAAUAGAAAAGAAAAAUAAUUAAAUGUAAAAUAAUUUCUUCUCUUAAGGGCAUUUGAGCCAUUAUGACGUCACAGUUUGUGCAAAGCAUGAGUUAUAAAGCUGUGACGUGAAUAAGGCACAUAAUCUAAAAAUUUAAGAGACCAUCGAAUAGCGUUAAGUUAGAAACUAUAUAAUUAUCAUUAUCAGAAAAGAAAAUAUGUAUAAAGACAGUAAUUAGUUAUAAAAAGAAUUACAAAAUAGAUAAAAAUAAAAACAACGUGUUUAAUACUGUAAUAAGUGAAAUAUUCUAGUUUAACAGAACUAAGUUUUCAAAAAAAUGAAACUUUUAUUAAAAAUUACAAUAUGUGUGUUAGGUGCUUUUUUAAUUAUCCUUGUCAAAGGUUAUAAGAUUUAGGGAGUACAGUCGAACUUGGAUAAACGAGUUCAAGGAACCCUCAAUUUUCUUUCGCUUAUAGAGGUAUGAGAGCGAUUCCUCUCGCUUAUAAAGGUUUAUGAAUUAAUAUUGUUCUUUUAAAUUAAUUUAAUUAAUGAAUGUACAAUGAAUAAGUGUUACAAUGUAUGAGUUGAACUGAAAUGUUUUAAUUAUUUAAUUUUAAUGAAAUAGAGACUUAUCUACA